AUGUCCGCUUCUCCGGUCCGAUGGGCAGCACCUCGAAGAAUUGUCAAUCGCCUGACAAAGCGUUUUACCAGGGACCUACUGCAAAUGGUGGAGAACAACAAUACGUCGCCUCACGACGUGCUGUCCCGAUUUCCAACCUCCGCUCGCUUGACCGUGAAACAAUCGACCAAUCGGUUCUUCAUGUACGAAGAACACGCACCCAACAAGAUUCAAGACGACGAUCCAAUGACACCUACCAUUACCACGACGCCAAUGGAGCUUGCCGAUUUGCUAGCCAACAAGGAUGAUGCUGAUGAUGAUGACGAUGCUGACUAUCAUUACUAUUGGACCAGCCCCAUUUCAUCCGUGGCUCCAACCCUUCUCCAAGACGAAUUUCAUUGGUACCAACAGCUCCAUCAUCACGAUGAAAAUGGUGAUGACACUACACUGGAUCCUUCCAUUCAUCAACGAUUGGAUCCACGCGGACCUUCCUUGUGGAUGGGAACCUUUGGGUCGGGGACCCAGUGCCACUACGAUGUCGCCAACAAUGUCAUUUUGCAGCUCCACGGAACGAAACGAAUUCGCUGCUUUCCUCCGCAUGUGGGUGUCACGCAUUUGCAUGUAUUUCCAGAUGCCCAUCCGAGGGCCCGCAAGUCUCAAGUCAAGUUCGAGACUGAUGAUCAUGAUCAUGAUCAUGAUCAAAGCCACAAUAAGGAGGUGGCCAAGAACCAGCAACAACAUUAUCCUCAUUUUGACCAAAAGAAUCCGCCCCAACCAUUCUUGGACAUUACCUUGCACCCUGGAGACGCCCUAGAGAUUCCAGCCUUUUGGUUCCAUCAUGUGGAAAAUGGAAUCACUUCUACUACUACUACUACCACUAUACGUCGUCCUCAUCGAAACGAAGAACAAGAACCAUCGGUGUCUCUCAAUAGCUUUGUACUGUCGGAACCCAUGAUGAUUGCACAACAAAUAUUUCAAAAGGCGAGUCAACCCAUGAUGCGGUACAAUGUAAGUUGUACAACCGAACAAGUCCCGGGAGUCUUGCGUGGACUUGGAGUGGCACUGGUUCAGAGUUUGGGACUACUACCACCAUGCAAUGAUGAGAAUGACGACGAAGCAGCCGCCGUGGCCUAUAUCCAACGAAACUUGCUGGACGCUAGGUACGCACCGCUAAUGGUGUCAUGGACGACGAACGAAGAGUCGAAUGGUGCCAGUGGUACAAAUACAAAUAUUCGUGUACCAAUCACGGACGAGCAACAACUGGCCAUAGAAACCUGUAUCAAGAGUAUACGUUCUGACUUCGAAGAUCUCGUCAUGAAGGAGGAGGAUAGGAUUGAUGACAACAACAACGACAAUGAAGUGUUGGUUGAUAGAAAUGGCAUUGUCGUCUUGGUCGCCUUGCACUUGUUGGAACUUUGGGCGGUGCAAAUGGUGGGAGCGUCUUCUGUCUACGAUGCAUGGAAGAAAGCACUACUAUAG